GCUUUGCCUGCCUUUGUGCGGUUUGGGGGGUUUCAGGGGCGUUGGAAGUCACGCAGGGCAGAGGAAGCGUUCUCACCGUCUGCAGAGCUUCCCGUGGCUCUUUAAACCCAAAGCUGGCAAUGCUGUGUGACUCUUGGCACCUGAAAUCCUCUGCCUGAAAUAAAGGCUCUGCAAGGGGGUGUCAGAGCUCGGGCUGAGCUGUUGCUGCUGGGCUUUCCACGUGCGUGUCAGUCCAGGGUGCUCCUGGCUUUGCAGCAGGCGCUGGCUGCUGAGCAAACACGUUCAGCCCGUUGGCACUUGGUCUCCAGACCUUAAAUUAACAGCCCUGGAAGAGUUUAUUACGGUUACUGUCCUUUAGAAGUGAUGGGCAGAGGCUGCUUCAUCACCUCCCCGCUCCCUUCUAGUGCCCUGUGUAGGUCAGAGUUAAUGACAAGCGUUUUAGUCCAAGGUGAGCAGCAGUUUUCCCAGGCCCCACGUCUUGUGCUCCUUGCAGCUCUGCUUUGAAGCAGUUUCCCAGGCAGGGUUUAAGCAGUGCUGCUGCAGAAGGGAUGGGUGCUAUUUGGCUUGAAACUGGAGCCUUCCUCAUCUGCCAUAGUUAAGGGAAGGUAAUGCCUCAGUGAUCUGUUUCAUCCCCUGUUCCUUGGUGCUGAAGGUUGCUUAUCUCUCUAAACCACUUUGCUGUGAAGGAAGGGGUUGGUCAGUUUGUUGCCUCUGCUGGUGUAUCAAGAAGUGAAGUGACUGCAUGUGUCCUGGAGGAGGCCUGGCUUAAAUUUCAGGCAACUAAUACCACCCUGCACACAAUGGUGCUGGUGAACACUGCCUGCUGCUUUCUCAUGCUGGUUGCUAAGCUGAUCCAGUGUAUGGUGUUUGGUCCUCUUCGUGUCAGCGAGAGGCAGCAUCUGAAGGAUAAAUUCUGGAACUUCAUCUUCUACAAGUUCAUCUUCAUCUUUGGUGUGCUGAAUGUUCAGACAGUGGAGGAAGUGGUGAUGUGGUGCCUCUGGUUCUCUGGGCUGGUGUUUCUUCAUCUGAUGGUUCAGCUCUGCAAGGAUCGCUUUGAAUACCUCUCCUUCUCUCCUACCACACCCAUGAGCAGCCACAUCAGAGUCCUGACCCUGCUGGUAGCCAUGCUCCUGUCCUGCUGCGGGCUUGCAGUCGUCUGCGGUGUCAUUGGCUACACCCACGGCAUGCACACCUUGGCUUUCAUGGCAGCAGAGUCUCUGCUCGUGACAGUCAGAACCAUUCACGUGAUCCUGCGGUAUGUCAUUCACCUCUGGGACCUCAACCACGAGGGAACGUGGGAGGGCAAAGGCACCUACGUCUACUACACAGACUUUGUCAUGGAGCUCACCUUGCUCUCACUGGACUUGAUGCAUCACAUCCAUAUGCUGCUGUUUGGCAACAUCUGGUUGUCCAUGGCCAGCCUGGUGAUUUUCAUGCAGCUGCGUUACCUGUUUCACGAGGUCCAGCGAAGGAUCCGCCGGCACAAGAACUACCUGCGUGUGGUGGGAAACAUGGAAGCCAGGUUUGCAGUUGCCACCCCAGAGGAGCUGGCAGUCAACAAUGACGACUGUGCCAUCUGCUGGGACUCCAUGCAGUCCGCACGCAAGCUGCCCUGUGGCCAUCUCUUCCACAACUCCUGCCUGAGGUCCUGGUUGGAACAAGAUACAUCUUGCCCCACCUGCAGGAUGUCUCUUAACAUCACUGACAGCCAUCAUGUGCGAGAGGAUCACCAAAGGGAGAAUCUGGAUGAGAACCUGGUGCCUGUGGCAGUAGCAGAAGGCAGACCACGCUUGAACCAGCACAACCACUUCUUCCACUUCGAUGGCUCUCGAAUUGCCAGCUGGCUGCCCAGCUUCUCAGUAGAAGUGAUGCACACCACGAACAUCCUUGGGAUUGCACAAGCCAGCAACUCCCAGCUCAAUGCUAUGGCCCAUCAGAUCCAGGAGAUGUUCCCUCAGGUUCCUUACCACUUGGUUCUCCAGGAUCUGCAGCUCACUCGGUCUGUGGAGAUCACCACUGACAACAUCCUGGAAGGGCGCAUCCAGGUCCCUUUCCCCACACAGCGUGCUGACAGCAUCAGACCUGCACUCAGCAGCUCUGUGGAGCGGCACAGCGGCGAUCAGGAGGAGGCAGAAGCCAUCACCCAGACUGAGAGAGUGCCACUUGAACUCAACUCCAGGCUGGAAGAGGUGGUGGAACUGAGUGAAGUGGAGGCAGAGGCUGCUCAAGCAGAGGAUUUUGAGGCCAGGGGGAGCCGCUUCUCCAAGUCAGCGGAUGAAAGGCAGCGGAUGCUGGUGCAGCGCAAGGAGGACUUGUUGCAGCAAGCUCGCAAGCGCUAUCUAAGCAGAAGCCCGGAGGAGGAGCCGAGCCCGGGGCAGCCGCAGCCCGGCCCCGAGGCCGCGGGGCCCGACGCCGCCGCCGUGCGCCGCAGGACUCUGGCUGCCGCGGCCGAGCGCAGGCUGCAGCUGCAGCACCGCUCCUAGCGGCCCUCCUCCUCCUCCUCCUCCUCCUCAUCCUCCUGUGAGCGACGGCCAAUAAAGGAAACACCCCCCACCCCGCACCUUCCACCGCGUGUCACAGGCGGGGGGGCUGUGGCAGGGCUGGGCUGUGUGGGGCUGACAACAGCUGGAGUUUGGGCAGCUGGCACAGGAGCCCUUUUUGUACCGCUUUGUAUGUGAGGUGGGUGCCCCUGCAGCAGCCCCAGCCCCAGGCAGCCCCUGCCCCACGGUGGGUACCUGCAGCAGCCCCAGCCCCAGGCAGCCCCUGCCCCACGGCAGGUACCUGCAGCAGGGCUGGGCUGGCUGCAGCUGCAGCUCGGGACUGGCCCUUCCACCCUGCCCCAGGGCACGCAGCCCAGAGCCUGGCAGCAGCCCCCAGAGCCUGGCAGCAGCCCCUGGCCCUUCCACCCUGCCCCAGGGCACGCAGCCCAGAGCCUGGCAGCAGCCCCCAGCCCUUCCACCCUGCCCCAGGGCACGCAGCCCAGAGCCUGGCAGCAGCCCCCAGCCCUUCCACCCUGCCCCAGGGCAUGCAACCCAGAGCCUGGCAGCAGCCCCUUGCUGUGGGCAGCGCAGGGUGUGCUGUGUGCUGUGAUGGGGACGCUGGCACUGGGAGCUGUUGAGCUGCAGAAGCAGCCGCCGGUGUGGUGUGACAAAGCACAAGCACCCCCGGGCAGGGAACGGGCUGGCUGCUGCUGGGGUGCCCCUGCCACGGGCCACCCUGCCCCUGGCACCUCCCCGGGGCUGCACUGCCUGCCUUUGCCUGUUGUAGCCACACACAAGUGAGACUGAGAGGAUGGAGAGAGGGGGAGGCGAGGCUGCAGCUCCCAGCGCUGCGUGGUCCCGAGGGCUGAGGCAGCCGGGUACAGCCCCCCAGGCUGCCUGUGCUGGGUGGGACACGGGGCCAGCCCCCAGAGCUUGCUUUGUUGUUUCAUUUCUAACCCCACCCCUGCACCAUGAGGUGACUGAGAAGGGCUGGAGGAGUCAGGGCUGAGCACAGCCCCAGCCUCGGCUCUGCCCUGCGAGCUGCAGCCCAACAAGUUGCAUCCAGAGCUGUUGGUGACUUUUUUAUUGUACUGUUGGUUUUUAGGCCGUUGGAAGGUGACUUUAACCCAGAGGAGCUGCUGUGUGGGUGGCUGUAGUUGAUUUGAGCCCAGCUCUUUGGGAAGCCUUGCCUUGCAGUGCUGCUAGGACACGGCUCUUUUGCAGCCUUUGGUUUAGCUCAGAGCACAGCUGGUUGGUUCUUGUUAAAAAACAAGAGAAAAACCCACAAAAAUAAAGUCUUGGUCAGUGUU